AAUAGAUUAAGUAUUUUUGAGCUAAAACAUCCCCAAAGAUUUUCACUCUGCUAGAUUAAUAUUAUUUUCUACUCUCGAUGUUCUGUGACCGGCUUACGCCAAAGAGCUCGUUAUAUCUUGUGGAAAGAUUUUCGCUAGUCGGAAAUACUUUCUUGAGGACAGCGUCUGACGCGUCUCGAGUUAGAUUAUUUUUCUAACGUUUUAUUUUGCAGGUUUAUCCAACCAAUUCCUCCAACAAUCUCAAGAAAGUAUUUGGCGUCGAAUACACCCACAUGGGGAGCUGUAUUAAUCGGAUAAACGCUCCCAAAAGUGUUCUACAUAUAAUGGUUGAAGCUAGGGCUUGCUACCUGCACCUUUCUACGGGUGACAUCAAAUCAAGGAAGACGUGAAAUGGAGGGCAGGCGAAUGCGGACCAGGAACAAUCCGAGGGGGCAGGCGCCGGUAACAUCCCAAAGGGGAAGCCGGGCUGCAUCUCGGGGUUCAAGAGGAGGCCGUGGAGGCCGUGGAAGCCGUGGAGGUCAUCAAGCUCAAACUGUGAGUGAUGGCCAUGUAAGCUCGGUGUAUGAAACCAACACCGAGGACUAUGACUCAACCUACGUUCCGGAAACGGAGCAUGAGGAGACCCCGUAUGAUGGUGGUGACACAUACACCGAUGAUGACGACGAAGAGAGUGAUGCCAAGUUCGCUCAAAUGGGCGAAUUGCUUGAGUGGUAUCAAAAAGAAAAGCUGAGGAGAGACCUUAGGCGCCAAGCAAGGCGUGGCUCUCGUGGUGGUUCGGGUCAAGGGAGUCGGGGAGCUUCCGUGGCCACCCCAGCGGCGCCACAAGGUGGGCAUGAAGGAGGUUUUGUAGUAAGAAUCUCCAAAUACCUCAAGGAGGCUAGGGCCUUGGGGUGUAGGUCCUUCGACGGCACCGGCGACAUUACCGCUGCCGCCGAUUGGAUCAAGAAGGUGAAGGAUGCAUCGAGAGACAUGCAGAUUACUCCGGACGUGAAGCUAACUGUCACUUCACGGCUACUUGAGGGGAUGGCUUCUACAUGGUGGGAAGGUGUAGAAGGGAAAUACCGUGGGGACAUCUCAUGGGAAAAUUUUGAGCAAGAAUUUUAUGCUCAAUACUACUCCGAUUUCGAGGUUAAUGUGAAGAGGAGGGAGUACACCAACCUCAAGCAGAAAGAGGGUUGCACGGUUAAGCAACUGGAGCAAGAAUUUAGGACCUUGGCUAGGUUCUUGCCGGAGUAUGCGAUCGAUGAAGACCGCAUGACUGAGCACUUUUGGGAUGCCUUACUCUUGGACAUCCGAGAUCGUGCCACGUAUUCCCGCCUCAUGACCUUUAGUGAGGUGGUAGAGCAGGGCAUGCUUGGAGAGGCCCAGUGGAAUGAGAGGAAAGCAAGGGACGCCGAAGAGGCGAAGAAGAGGAAAUGGAAUAAUUCGGGGCCACCCGACCAUUCUCGGAGGAACAACCACGGUGGUGGCGGUGGUGGCGGUGGUUCAUUCAAGGCGCCGGCUCCACCGGCAAAGAAGAAUAGGGAUGCGAGGUGGCACGGACCUAGGCCACAGAACUCGGGGCCACCUAGAUGUCCCAAUUGCUCAAAACAACACUUUGGAAAGUGCAAUGAACCACCGAGGUGUUUUAAGUGCGGGAAUGCGGGCCAUAUGAAGGCCAAUUGCCCUCAAUUGAUGCAAGAGAGUGCCUCAGGAGCCGGGGGAGGGACCAUGACGGGAAGGAACCGUGCGGGACCGUCAAACGGCGGCACGGGAAGAGGCGGUGCAUCCACAAGCCAUGCCGCAUCCGUCAACCAAGGUGGGACCCAAGCACGAGUCUACGCGAUGACCGAGGCGGAUGCGCGAGCAAACCCGGACUCCGUUGCAGGUAAUACACGUAUUCCCAUGUAUUUCUAGGCUUAGUUUGAUCAUAUACACCGUUGGGGGUUGAGUUCGGGCCACCCCGGGACCAAACGGAGCGAAAUUGGGCGAAAUUGGGCGAAAUCGGGCUGAUUUCUGCCAACGCACUACAGGCUGGGCUGCACGCACGGCCGUGCGUUGCCCGUGCGUACCUCCGUGCGUUGGUGGCAGUAGCACCCUGGAGGAAAAUCGCUGCACGCCCGGCCGUGCGUUGCCCGUGCGUACCUCCGUGCGUUGGUGGCAGUAGCACCUCGGAGGAAAAUAGCUGCACGCCCGGCCGUGCGUUUCAUGUGCGUACCUCCGUGCGUUGGUGGCAGUAGCACCCCAGAGAGAAUCGCUGCACGCCCGGCCGUGCGUUGCCCGUGCGUCCCUCCGUGCGUUGGGGGCAGUAGCCUCCAUUGGUAAGGCAAGGUACGCACGACCAUGCGUACCCCCUACGCACGCCGUGCGUGGACCCCCAACACCCGAAACUUGAUUUUUUUCGCCCCGUUCUUCUACGUUUGGACCCUCGUUUGAUUCCAAACAUUAGUAUGAACCUAAUAACCUCCUAAAGGUGUGUAAAAACAUUAGAAAAUGUAUCUUACAUGGUGUAUAAAUGUAGGAACAUUAAAGAUCAAUGGUAGGUGUGCGAGGAUCCUCAUCGAUACCGGGGCACAACGCUCAUUUGUGAGUGAGGCGUUUGCUGAGGGGCUCGACGUGCCAUUGACGCCUAUGACACAAACAUUGCUAGUCUCCACACCGUUAGGAGACGACGUGGAGAGAAAUCAUUACUAUCCAUCAUGUGAGGUGGAAGUGACGGGUCAACCCUUGACUUGUGAUUUCGUACCUCUGAGCAUGUUGGAGUUCGAUGCAAUUCUAGGAAUGGAUUGACUUGAGAAGCACCAUGCUCGAGUAGAUUGCUACACCAAGGUGUUGGAGCUCGAGGAUGAUCUUGGAAACACGCUAUGUUUCAAAGGAGAUCGGGGGAAAUCUAAUGCUUGCAUCAUAUCCGUGAUGAGGGCAAGGAAGAUGAUGAGGAAGGGAUGCCACGCAUACCUUGCCUACGUGGUGGACGAUACCAAGAAGGAAGUCGACAUCAAAGAUGUACGGGUCGUAUGCACAUACCCGGAUGUCUUUCCCAAAGACCUACCGGGGCUUCCACCCGAUAGAGAGAUAGAGUUUGUAAUUGAAGUGGAGCCGGGAACCAAACCCAUUUCGAUUCCUCCUUAUCGAAUGGCGCCGGCCGAACUCCAAGAAUUGAAGGUCCAACUACAAGAAUUACUGGACAACGGGUUCAUCAGACCCAGUCAUUCACCGUGGGGAGCACCCGUACUCUUCGUAAAGAAGAAAGAUGGUACACUAAGAAUGUGUAUCGACUACCGACAGUUGAACAAGGUCACCAUCAAGAACAGGUAUCCUUUACCUAGGAUUGAUGACUUGUUUGAUCAACUUUGAGGGGCCAUAGUAUUCUCAAAGAUUGACUUGAGAUCGGGGUAUCAUCAGUUGAAGAUCAAGGAGAGUGACAUACCUAAGAGUGCAUUUCGCACUAGAUAUGGUCACUACGAGUUUCUUGUGAUGUCAUUUGGGUUAACCAAUGCACCGGCAGCAUUCAUGGAC